AUGUCCUCCGUUAUUAGAGGCGCGCAAUUUUUCAAUGAAACCUCUAUUGUCCCUGCUGCUUUCGUGGAACACAGUGCCACAAACUCUCCGGCGACAUGGCGUGAAGCACUGGAAGCAAGCGGGUCUGCCCCGAAAUCCUUUGAGUUGAUCAAGACCUUGGUCUACAAACCCAAGACUGCAAAAAAUGCUACCCCGGUCCCUGUGGUUGUGAUCGCCCGCGAAGGAACGGAUGUGAUAUCAGGUCUGUUGGGCAAAAAGCUGAAUUUGAAGGAUUUGCGGCUAGGAUCAGAAGAGCUUUUGACUGAGUUCUUUGCGCUUGACAAAAAUUCGCUUUCUCCCCUCGCAUUGAGCGAGCAGACAUACCCCAAAGUCAUUACAGUCGUGGAUGCCUCGAUCUUCACGUCUUCCUCGGUUUUCGCUGUCCAUGCCCUGUCUUCCAGCUCGACCUUUUUUCUUACGGGAAAAGAUAUCCACACGCAUCUGAAGGGUUUGGAGACUCACGGUCCCGCUCUACACGAAGUCGACUUUGAAGCGCUCAAGGCCGAUACAGAGCCCUCCGCUCCUGCAGGGCAGUCAAAAGCUGCGCCGGUAAAGAAGGAGAGAGAGGGCGCGAGGAUUGAGGGCGCUGUGCAGAUCGCUAUCGGAAUCAAGAAAGAGGUCGACUUUGCUGCGUGGUAUACUAACGUCCUCAUCAAAGCUGAAAUGCUGGACUACUACAACGUCAGUGGAUGCUACAUCCUACGUCCAUGGGCGUAUAGCAUCUGGGAGGUGAUUCAAGACUGGUUCAACGCGAGAAUCCGCCCUAUGGGCGUGCAAAAUUCUUACUUCCCCAUGUUUGUCUCGUCAAAGGUGCUGGAGCGCGAGAAGGAUCACGUCGAAGGUUUCUCUCCGGAGGUGGCAUGGGUUACACGAGCCGGAAGCUCUGAUCUGGAAGAGCCUAUUGCCAUCCGUCCGACAUCUGAGACCGUCAUGUAUCCUUACUACGCGAAAUGGAUCAAGAGCCAUAGAGACCUUCCGUUGAAGCUCAACCAGUGGAAUAGCGUAGUACGAUGGGAGUUCAAGAACCCCCAGCCGUUCAUUCGUACCCGCGAGUUCCUUUGGCAAGAAGGUCAUACCGCGCAUCUGACCAAGGCCGAAGCCGACAUUGAAGUGCGAGAUAUCCUCGAGCUCUACCGACAAGUAUUCGAAGAUCUACUUGCGGUCCCCGUCAUCCCUGGCGUCAAAUCCGAAAAGGAGAAGUUCGCGGGCGGGCUGUACACGACGACGGUUGAGGGCUUUGUGCCGACUACCGGGCGUGGCAUCCAGGGCGCGACGUCGCACUGUCUUGGGCAGAACUUCUCGCGCCCGGAAAUGUUCAACAUUUUCGUCGAGGACCCCAAUGAUCCCACCGGCCAGGGUAAGGUGUACGUGUGGCAGAACUCGUGGGGCCUGUCGACCCGCGUUAUUGGCGUGAUGGUCAUGACGCAUGGUGACAACCAGGGUCUCGUUCUUCCUCCUCGUGUCGCGUCGAUUCAAGUCGUGAUCGUUCCAUGCGGUCUUACCGCGAAGAUUUCAGAUGAGGGGCGCAAGGCUGUCAACGACAAGUGCGACGAGCUUGCGGCAGCGCUGAACAAGGUCGGCGUGAGGACAAGGGCUGACCUGCGUGAAGGAUACACUCCCGGCUUCAAGUUCAACGAUUGGGAGCAAAAGGGCGUGCCGCUCCGUCUCGAGGUUGGCCCUGCCGACUUGGCAAAAGACCAGACGCUGACAGUGCGGCGCGACAAUGGCGUAAAGUCCCCGUUGCCAUUGGCGGGCAUCACGGCAUCUGUGCCGAAACUGUUGGAGACAAUUCAGGCAGAUAUGUUCAAGCGUGCGCAGGACCUCUACUUUUCUAGAGUGAAGCCAGUUACACGCUGGGAGGACGUCGUCCCGACGCUCGACAACAAGUGCGUCGUUGUGAUACCAUGGUGCGAAGAGGAGGCGUGCGAGGACGACAUCAAGGAGCGCAGUGGACGGGCUGCUGAGCCCCAGGAUGAGCGUGCCCCCUCGGCUGGCGCCAAGUCUCUUUGUAUUCCCUUCGACCAGUCGAAAUGGCCUCCAAUUGAACCGGGCAAGACCAAGUGCCCGGCGUGCGGGAAAGACGCGAAGCAGUGGACCAUGUUCGGGCGGUCAUACUAG